AGCGCCGCUGCCGCAGCUGCGCAGGGAGCGUCGGGCGGUCGGGGCUGGGUCGGGGGCGCUGCCGGGAUGGACGAGGACGUGCUGACCACCCUGAAGAUUCUUAUCAUCGGCGAGAGCGGCGUUGGCAAGUCCAGCCUUCUGCUGCGGUUCACAGAUGAUACGUUUGACCCAGAACUUGCAGCAACAAUUGGUGUGGACUUCAAGGUGAAAACUAUUUCAGUUGAUGGGAACAAAGCUAAACUGGCAAUAUGGGAUACUGCAGGUCAGGAGCGGUUCAGAACAUUAACCCCCAGUUACUACAGAGGUGCACAAGGUGUUAUCCUAGUUUAUGAUGUCACGAGAAGAGAUACUUUUGUCAAGCUGGAUAACUGGUUAAAUGAAUUGGAAACAUACUGCACAAGGAAUGACAUAGUGAAAAUGUUAGUUGGAAACAAGAUUGAUAAGGAAAACCAUGAAGUUGACAGAAAUGAAGGCCUCAAAUUUGCAAGAAAACAUUCCAUGUUGUUCAUAGAGGCAAGUGCAAAAACAUGUGAUGGUGUGCAGUGCGCCUUUGAAGAACUUGUUGAAAAAAUCAUUCAGACUCCUGGACUGUGGGAGAGUGAAAGCCAAAACAGAGGUGUAAAGUUAUCAAACAAGGAAGAAGGAUAUGGAGGAGGAGGAGCAUGUGGUGGAUAUUGUUCUAUGUUAUAAACUUUGGGAAGCUUAUUCUUUGCAUAUUUAAACAGAUAGUUACAUCUUUCUGUACAUAAAGUCAUUAAAUGCUAUUUUUAGGGACCUUGCAGUUUGCACAUAUUUGUUUUGUAUCAUGGCAGUGAACACUUGUAGAAAAAAGUUCUGCAGCUUUCCCAGUUUGAAAAUGUUACGGUAAGCAUGCCCAAUUUGCAAUCUUCAGGUUUUUAUAAGUAGCAUAAAUAAUGUGCAAGAACAAAUGCACUAAAAAUUUUACAACUGUAUACAUUAAUUGUGUAACUAUUCCAAACAAAGCCAUCUAACAAACACAUUACUGUAUUGUCUGCUCUUCGUCUUAUUUUUAAAUUCUGUUGAAAUUAUAGAACUAUAGUGUGCACAGAUCUUGGAAACAGUAUGAACUGUAAAUGUUACAUUUCAUCUCUUCUAGUAAAUGCUUUUUUAAGGUGUUAAAAGCAGCAGGAUUAUACAGUUCGUAGACAAAUCUGCUAAAACUUUGUCUUACAGCAGUGGAGUCUAAAACACAAAUUGGCACAGGCCCUAAUUGUUAUCAGCACUUUCUUGAAGAGAUGCUUUGAAAGCUUCCUUUGCAAAGCUGGGAGAUGCCAUGUUUUCCUUUUAAUCAUCACUUCAGUUGAUGGCUUAACUGGAGUUUUAAUCCUGUGAUAUUUAUAUACUAAAUGUGUGGUACUCUUGCUCUCUAGGUUAUUAUGAUGGUCUGCUCUAGCUUGCUGCAGAAAGUCUUCAUUAUUGGCAAGGGGUGUGAGGGAUGUCAUUGUUCUUUCAUUGUGAAUCCAUUUGCCACACUUCAGUAUGGAUUCUUAAUUUUCUGAAAUGUUUGUAAUAUAAGUUUAUCUCAACUGUAGCUCACUGUGGCUGUGAGAUCUCUUAUCACGUCUGCUUUGUGCAGCUACUUAUUCAGAAAUAAAACUUCUGUCACAGACACUAAAUGGGAAGCUAUAGGGCUUCUUGAUCUCUGUAUGAAAAAAUACUAUUGCAAUGAGUAUUCACUUGAAUUUACUGUAUCAAAGCCAAUGGUUUGUUUCAGAAGACUUGUAUAGACUUAAUAAAUUUUUUUCCACAGUA